UUUGAGUGCAAGCCCCAGUAUGGUUUGUUUGCUCCAGUGCACAAGGUGACCCGUUUGGUGGGUGGCGUGUCCACCCCUAGCCCAAGGACACUGGGUAGCACCAGCCUUCGUAUGUCCCGGGAACGCAGCGGCAGUCAGGAGUCAGUUAGCUCCAUCAGCUCCACAGCCUCAAGUGUGUCUCGUAGUCGAGUGAGACUAGGAGUGACGGCUUUAAGCAGCCAGCACAAGACAGGACAGAGACCCGGAACGCUAAACAUAUCAGCCACCACUUCAGCACUACAGAAAGCCUUAAAAGAGAAAGAGGAGCAUAUUGAGCAAUUGUUACGGGAACGAGAAUUGGAACGAUCUGAGGUGGCAAGGGCCGCCGCAAAAGUGGACCAGGCGGAGGGAGAUUUGGCUGUGAUGCGGUCAGAGCACGACAGGUUCAAGGACUCGGCCGAUGAUGCCCUGGUCAAGUGGAAGAACAUUGCCCAACAGUUUGAGCGUAAGAACCAUGACUUGGAGAACGAGCUGGAGGAUCUACGGAGGAAAACAGAAGACCUUCAGUUUCAAAUUGAGGAGGAAGUCGUGGGGAAGGACGACCUGGAGACCAAAACUGAAGAAGAAGAGGCCAAGCUGCAGGAAAUGGAAGCCAAAAAUAAGCAAAUGCUAGAAAAAUCCCAAACUAUAGAGAAAGAAUUGACUGAAGCCAGAGGGAAGGUGGAGGACUAUGAGAGUCAGCUUAAAGUUUCUGAGGACACACAGACCAUGUACCUUGACCAGAUAGAUGAACUGACCCACAAGUUGACCCAAGCAGAGAACAAAAUUACAUCAUAUGAAGCCACUAAACUGGAAGAGGGGGCAAAGACAUCACCUCUAACCCCUGCAGCACCAGAAACGGUAAGUGUGGUCGAGGUAUUGUAAGUCAUGAUAAUAAAUAAUAAUAAUAAUAAUAAUAAUAAUAACAACAACAACGCUGUGUAACAAAUUUUUUUUUUGGGGGGGGGGAU